AUGAAUCUUCUCCGUCUUCCAGCAAAAUCUCUGAUUAAAACUCUCCGUCACAUGAAUAUAGUCGAACUGUAAGUGCUUUACUAUGCAGCUCGUAGUUUAUAAUCAAGUUAUUCCAACUCCACUAAACACGCUGUUGAAUCGAUGCAUCUAGAUUGCAGCGAUUUGGAUGUUAUUUUAGAAGAAAAGAAGCUUUCAAUUAAAUUCGAAAAUAGAAAUUCGUAUUUUCGACUGUUGUUGAGGUUCGAUAACGUUGAAACUUUGCCACACUCUGUCAGGAUUUCGAAGAAAGUGGAAAGAAGGUGCUACUGGAGCGACAGUGAUUCCGAUGAUUCCAUUGAUAACUUAUUGAGUGAUUGGAGUGUUAAUAGAGACAGUCAUGCUAUCACUUUUGAAAAUUCUUCAUUAAAAUUCACCGCCAGAGAGUAUUUGCAUCAUAUCAUGGAUGUUCUGAAUAAGUCUACUAUAGAUAUUGAUGAUUGUUUGGAACGUUAUGUUGGCCGUGAAAAAGGCGCUCGAAACUUCUACAAAUACAUUCCUAUCAAUAAAAUAACUUCCGAUGCCUACAAUUCAUCUAAUAGUGUUCUCAAAUAUACUUACAGCAACGCGGAACACUUGAUGGUAUGUAUUUAUAAUUUUGACAAAAAUCAUCAUAUUGUCAGAAUUUCAGAUUUUUUGGAUCACAAAACUGCCGUGUAUCCGUCAAAUUUUCUACUCAAACUAAAUGUUGAAACAUCCUCUCUGUUAUCAGCUGUCUUGUUUUUUCCGUUCCAGAACGCCUUCGAACGCCUGCGUGCAGACGCUAGAUUAGGCUUUUUGAAAGCUUUAUUGAAAGGGAUACCUUACCAGGAGCAGCCCGAAACUAGAUCAAGAACCAUUUAUUUUAAAAAUCGAGGGUUUGCGCCAAAGACUUACCAUGGUGGCGUUGAUAUUCAAAGGAACGAUGGAGUUGAAGGAACACUUUAUAUUCGUAAAUCUGAUAGCUAUAACUUUAAAUAA